CAUCUGCUUUAGUCACUAUUCUUUCUUCAGACGUGAAGAUGUGGAGCUUUCAAAACCUGCUGUUCAUCCUCUGCAUUGCUCUGAGUUGUGUGACCGGUGAAGCAGCUGUGAUCCAUGUGUCUGGAUAUGAAGGAGGAGAUGUUCAUGUUUCCUGUCGUUAUGACAGCGGUUAUGAGGACUAUGAGAAAUACCUGUGCAGGAAUGACUGUGGCAACAGUGAUGUUCUUAUUAUGACUACAGCAGCAAAGAAGAACAAAUACUCCAUCUAUGAUGACAAAAGCAAACGAGUCUUAACAACCACCAUCUCUGACCUGAGUUCUCGGGAUGCUGGGAAAUACUGGUGUGGGGUGACCAGGACUGGAGUGGAUUACUACCCUGCUGAAGUAAAACUGGAUGUGGUGCCAGACAGCUGCUGUGACCGUUCCACCAAAAUCCAAAGUUACGAGGAAGGUUCAGUGUCCAUCAGUUGUCCUUAUGAGAAUUCGUAUCAAAGCAACCUGAAGUACAUCUGCAGAGGAAAUCGGCCCUCCACAUGUCAGCAGCAGGCAGUAACCACCUCUGACAGCAAACAAAACGGACGGUUCACACUUACUGACGACAAGGCAUCAAGGAAAUUCACAGUGACCAUUACCAGGCUGACCCAAAAGGAUUCUGGGUCGUACCUUUGUGGUGUCCAUAGAGACACAGGCCUGGAUGUUUUCUCUGCUGCUGAGCUGGAGGUCAAAGGGUGGUGCUGUGUGAAGUCAAACAGACUGAAUGGCACGGUGGGACAUCCACUAACUAUGCAGUGUCCUUAUCCACCACAACACAGGACAAACAGGAAGUUCCUCUGUAAGGGAGACCACCGCCACAACUGCACAGAUGUGGUGACGAGUCAGAACAACUCAGGCCAGACUGACCUCAGGUUCACACUGAUAGAUGACAUUUCCUCCAGUUCGUUCUCUGUGACGAUCACAGAGCUGAAAGCAGGUGAUGCUGGGACAUACUGGUGUGGUUCAGACUCUGAGUGGAGCGCUGGAAACUACACUAAGAUUCAACUGUCAGUAGUCUUUCUGACCAGCACUGUGACUUCUACCAUCUCUACCAUCACUGUGGAAACUAUCCGACCACAAUCAACCUAUACCCCUGACAAGACUGUCAAAGGUGCAGCCUACUUUACAGUUUUGGUUUACACUCUCCCAGCAGUUUUGGCUGUACUGUUGAUCGUGACAAUUUUCUGGGUCAUUCUUUAUAUAUACAAAUACAGCAAAGUGCAAGGUGGGGUCAUCAUGAACAUGAACAGAUCAAACGUUGCAGAAGCAAGAGAAGAGAUGAAUGUGAAUAAUAUUUAUGUCAUACAAGAAGAUGUUGAAUGACCAGACACAGCCUCCUCCUUGCCACAGAACAUGUAACAGUAUGUGUACCAAAACUUCACCACAGAAGAAGAAAUCUGUUAAAAUCGGCACCAAUUGCAGCAGCUGAACAGUGUUUGCAUCACCUCUAGUAACAGCUGGUUAAGACACAUUCAAUCAUUGUAUUUUCUGAAUUAGAUUGUUCUUUGUGGUUGUAUAUACAAGUGGUAUAUAAUUACGCUCAAAUUUAUUUUUUACUCUUUUACUUUUACUCUGAUUUUGACAUUCCUUAAAGAAUCUGCACUCCUUAUUAGAAAAUGUGGAGAAAAUAGUCCAAAUUCAAGUUAACUGUAAAUUUGUAAGGUUUGUGACAGUGAAUAAAUAAAUAACCAAUGAGUAAUGGCAUGAAAACAUUAUCAGAAAAUUGUUAGUGGUCAUCAAGUCCAAGUAUUUGAUUCAAAGAAAUAAAUGAGAGAC